AUGGCUCCAAAGCUCAAUGAUGAUAAUUCCCUCUUCAACUUCGUCGUGAAGGAAGGCAAUGGUAUCAAAGGGCUGGUGGAUUCUGGGCUCACAGAGGUACCAAGUCUGUACAUCCAACCACCCCACCUGCGAAUAGACAAGCAACAAACAGCAUCAUCACCUGAAAUGAUGACCAUUGAUCUAUCAGAGCUCGAUGGUCCUAACCAUGCUCAAGUGGCAAAGACCAUCGCCCAUGCUGCUGAAACUCUAGGGUUCUUUCAGGUUGUGAGCCAUGGUCUACCGUUGGAGCUUCUGGAGUCGCUUAAAGCUGCAGCACAUCAGUUUUUCGGGCAACCAGCUGAAAAGAAGGCAGCGUAUCUUCAGGGAGUGAGCCCUACACCAGGGGUCAAGUAUGGGACGAGCUUUCUUCCGGAGAUAGAUGAGGUUUUGCGGUGGAGAGACUUUCUAAGAAUGACAUACACCAAUGACGCUGAUGCCCUUGAGUUUUGGCCUAAUGAAUGCAAAGAAGUAGCGCUGGAGUACAUAAAAUCUUCAACGGAGAUGGUGAAAAGGCUAUUACAUGCACUAAUCGCAGUCCUGGGUGUGAAACUUGAUGAUUCAAGUCUUGAUACACUUAUAGGUUCAAGAGCAGUCAUCAUGAACUUCUACCCGACCUGUCCAAAUCCCGAGCUAACCGUAGGCGUAAAGAGGCACUCUGAUAUUGGCAUGCUAACAGUGCUUCUACAAGAUGACGUUGGUGGACUAUACGUGAAAAAAGGUGAAAUAUUGUCACCAGGAAAUGAAGAAUGGAUCGAGGUUCCACCCAUCCAUGGUGCUCUCGUUAUCAACGUUGGCGAUAUGUUACAGAUUUUUAGCAACGGGAAGUACAAAAGUGCAGAACACAUAGUGCGAACCACAAGCACUGCAUCAAGAGUGUCCGUCCCGAUAUUCUACGCGCCACUUCCCAUGGCAAAAAUAGGACCCUUGCCCGCGCUAGUGGCUCGUGAUGAGGUGGCUCGAUAUAGGGAUCUCAUAUUCGAAGAGUACAGCAACUAUUACUUUGGGACAGCUCAUGAAGAUAAGAACACCCUUGAUUUUGCUUCUACUUGA